AUGAUCGUGAGGUCAGCCAGCUUCCGAGAGAGCUCUCCUCCUGCCAUUUCGAUGGACCAGUGGGAUUUUGGCAAGAGACCCUCUCAGGCGAUUUUAGCCAUAGAGCUGAGCAGAGCUCGCUCGUACUCCAACAUGUUCCAUGAAUCCGCGGCUACCGAGUUCCAGCUUGGGAUUUACGGUUGGAGGAAACGGCUCCUGUAUUUGUUGGUGUUCCUCUUGUCAUGGCUCAUGAUCUUGAAUCUCGUUCUGACAUUCUGGAUAAUCCGGGUCUUUCACAUCUCUAUGGACGGCAUUGCAAACAUCGAAAUCGAAGAAGAUUCCGUGAAGAUAAACGGUGAUAGCCAUUUUUACCGCGGGAUUUACACCAACCACAUCCGACAUGCGGCAAGAUGGGAGCAGAAUAGUGUUGCCUAUGAUCCGUUCCUGAAGGCGAACAGCUUGCUGCUCGAAGCGAACGAUAGAGUCCGGUUGAGAUCCGUUGGCCGAGAAACCUUUAACGAAAUCGCGAUCGGCCGAGCGACAUUCUCCGUCAGCUCAGACGACUUCAGCGUUUUCAACCAAGACGAAGAGUUGUUGUUCCGUGUCACGAACGACAGUCUUCAUGUCAAGCAUACCACAAUCCACGUUGAGAAUGGGGUGCGCUUGAACGCGUCGCUGCAGACACCACUUGUCAGAGGCGGAAAUCGUCUCUUGCUGGAGAGUCCUCUCGGCCAGGUCGUCGUGACCUCGCCCGGUCCCGCACUCGUCGAGUCUCGUGCAGGGGACGUGUAUCUCGUUGCUCAUUCAAACAUCACUCUGAGGACACAUGAUCAGCUCUACUUUGACAGCUCGGAUAUUCGGUUGAGAGGCCUCUUGCCCGAUGCACCGGCAGAAAAGCCGUUCGCGUAUCCGUUGUGCAUAUGUUCAUCUGGCAAGCUAUUCCUAGGGAACCCGGGCGCAGGAGAUUGUUCCUCUGCGAAAAAAUGCUGA